AUUUUUUUCUUUUCUAAAGCAAGAAGCUCAUCGGCGUUAUUUAGCAAAAGUGAUGAUGUUAUUUAGCAAUCUUUAGAGGAAUAACUGCUUUUGUGCAUUCUCAUGGGCGCCAUCUGUGUCUCAAUCAAGUUUGCAUCAAGGUGUUUAGGACCUCUUUCUAAAGUGAGGGAUGAAACAUUUGGGGUUCUUGGCUACACAUAUACGGUCAUUGCUGUUUCACUUCUAUGCAAGAUUUCGGCUUUAAGAUCGUUUUCUCUGAGCAAAUACACUACUGGAGAAAGAGUGCAGACUGCAGCUGGGAUUAGCAGUUUUGCCUUAUUUUCUAUCUAAAGACUGUUGACCUUUUCAAUAUUUUGGUCAAACCAGUGUUCUAUUUAUCCAUGUUCUAUUUCUUCAGCAAUCCUAGAUCAAUCUUUCAAGACAAUUAUGUUAUUUUGCUCUGCCUAGUGUAUGCAAUAACUGGCAUAGCUAACAUAUUUGCCAUCCUUCUGGUACCCAGUCCUGCCUCAAACCAGCAACUCCCAUACAUGUUAUUGCUCAACUUAUAAUAACAUUAGCUCAAUUCU